AUGUGCUUCGGCUCAUCCAAAUACGACGACGAGAGAUAUACUCCUCCUCGACGGUCCAACCACCCUGGAUACUACUACUCUGGUCCAAACAAUUACAACUACAAUUACGGCUAUGAUAACGCAAAACACCGAAACGGAUGGAAAAAGCGCCGUAACUAUGGACUGGUGGCCGCUACUGCAGCAGCAGGCAGCACUGCCGGGUGUGGAGGAGGUGGAGGUGGGUGUUAA